AUGGAAGUUAUGAAAGACAAGGCACCUACGUCAGUCAUCACAGAUGGGGAUAUUCCAAUGAAGAAAGCAAUAAAGCUUGUGCUACCUCAAUCCCAUCACAUGCUUUGUUCUUGGCAUUUGAGUCGGAAUGCAACCUCAAACUUGCAUAAUCCUGAAUUUACAGCUGCAUUCAACCAUUGCAUGCUUGCUGGGUAUUAUGACAUAGGGACAUGGAAAAAAAAAUGGACAGAGAUGGUGGAUAAGUUUGAGUUGCAUGAUAAUGGAUGGGUUCAGGAAAUGUAUGAAAAAAGGAGGACGUGGGCUGCAUCGCAUAUGCGUGGCAACUUUUUUGAUGGAUUUCGCACAACAUCCCGUUGUGAGGGUCUUCAUUCCAAAAUUGGGAAGUUUGUUAAUUCAAGGUGUAAUAUAACAGAGCUGAUCCAACACUUAUGCAGGUUGAUGAAUCAUAUUAGGUAUAAAGAAAUUGAGGCUGACUUUAAUUCCUCUUAUGGUGAGGCUGUGUUGGAGACUAAAUUCCAAAAUCUUGAGAGGUCUGGUGCCAAUGUAUUUACAAGGGAGAUAUUCUCCAUGUAUCGUGCUGCACUACAUAGGUCAGGAUAUUCCAUUGUUGUAGGCUACAAAGAAACAUCCAGCCAGUAUAUAUUUUUGGUUUCAAAAUAUCGUGGUUCUGGACGUGAGUGGCAUGUCUCAUUUCAGCCGUCUACAUUUUUUUUCCAAUGUGCUUGCAAAAGGAUGGAAUCCAUGGGUUUUCCUUGUCACCAUGUACUUGCAGUCCUUGUUUAUCUUGAUGUCUGUGAAUUGCCAAAAUGUCUAGUCCUGCAGAGAUGGACAAGGUUUGCAAAGGAUGAUGUGGACAAGAAUGCAAUGUUAGGAUCAAAACACUUGGAUUCCUUCUUGAUUAGUAGGUAUGGUUCCUUGAUGAGUCAAUACAGGGAAUUAGCCUCAUUUUCCUGUCGUAGGCUUGAAGAUUUUCAUAAUGAAAAAGAUUGA